UAAGUUUUGGUAUAUUUGUGCUUCAUUUUAUGUGCCAAUAACCGACUUAUAACAUUAACCACUAUGUAUUAUUGUGUGUGACUAUAACAACAAUAAAGAACAUCAAUCUAGUGUGCUACAUUUUAUGUAAUAAUGACCCAAAAUAGAACUUCAGACAAAUAUGCUACAUUUUAUGUGACAAUUCCCAAAACAUAGAACAUCCAACCAGAGUGCUACAUUUUAUGUGACAAUUACCAAAACAUAGAACAUCCAACCAAAGUGCUACAUUUUAUGUGACAAUUACCAAAACAUAGAACAUCCAACCACAGUGCUACAUUUUAUGUGACAAUUACAAAAACAUAGAACAUCCAACCACAGUGCUACAUAUUAUGUGACAAUAACCAAAACUUAUGACCACUGUGUAUUUUUGUAUGUGACAAUAACCAAAACAUAGAGCAUGCAACUACCGUGCUAUAUUUUAUGUGACAAUAAUUAAAACAUAGAACAUCAAUCAACUGUGCUUCAUUUCAUGUGAUAAUGAAUAAAUGGUGAAUGUGUCCAUGUGACACAGAUGAUGACCCCGCUUGCAUAUAACCUUAUCAAUUCAAACUUGAUCUGUGUUUUGUGAUAAUUAGCGUUGUGUAUAAGUUUCACCAUAUUUGGUUGAGGCAAACUAAAGUUAGAGAACGGAAACCAAUUUCGGGACGAGCUAUCAAGACAUAUAGACCUGUGCUACAUUUUCAGGUGAUAUUCCUACAAUAACCUUAACAUAGAAUAUCAUACAAUUCUGUUACAUUUUCAGAAACUGGUAUCCCUACAAUAAAAAAAUAUAGAACAUCAUAAAUUGUUUUUUAUUUCCAGAAUAUCAAUAUGAUAUCCCAUUGGUGGUCUUGGGCUGUUUUCUCCCAUUAGGUCGGGUUGUUGUCUUUCUGUCACAUUCCCCGUUUUUUUCUCAAUUCUAUUAAUAACCUAUUAAUUUUCAGAAUAUGAUAUCCAUACCAUAAACAAAACAAAGUACACAAUAAAACUGCCAGAAAAUGAUAUCCUUACAAUUGAGUACAAACACGCAGAACUAAGAAUUCCUUGAUUAAUUAUGAUUAUGAUUUUGAUCGUGCCACUUUUAAGAUUAGUGGAUUUGGAGCUGUUUUGUCGUGAACCAUUGUUAACACGGUAUUUAUUUUAAGUAUCCACCCAUAUACAUCCGGAUUUAAUAAUGGUCAACUUCAACUUGUCUGAAAUUGAAUUAAACAUUCAUAAUCUUGGUAUAUAAAUUCACAUGAAACAUAACAAUUUGAAGUAAAUUGUAUUUAGAAAGCAAACAAAAUUAUGAGCCAAUAGAAUCAACCUAUAGAUUUCAAGUACACUGCCAUAAUAUUACGAUUGAAUGUGUCUUAUUGGAGUUUUAUGAAAUAAUUGAACUUAGAAGCAAGAAUCUUAAUGACGCUUCAAAGAAACUGUUCUAGAUUAAAACACGCACUGAAGAUGGAAAACGAGCAUAAAGAUGUCGAUUAGAGUCUGUCCUUUGGAAUUUAUUAUUGUAAAAUCGACUACACAAAUCAUUAACAGUUUGUUCUGAAGCAAUCGGAUUUACGUCUGCUAAUCAUCAAAUUACAACCGAAGGCAUAUAAUAUGACAAGAACCGUGUAUACAUGACAGGUACAUAAUAUAUAAAUACACUUUUAGCAGAUGUUUUAGUUAAACGGAAAAAAUCGUUCCAUAUAAAAUUUUGUUUCCUGACAUUUUGUUUUUUUGAAAUUCGGAAUGGACCUUUAAAAUGCCAAAUCGUAGUUUUUGGAUAGAAGCAAAAGAGUCGUUGGAGCAAAAUGCAAAAACAACGCCUAUAUCGUCUAGAAUACUAGGAAUUGGUGUAAUUAUUGUGGCCUUUAUAGUGCUUUCUAUUGGACUUAUUGUGGGACUAAAAUUCCCGGGAUUCGUAGAGGAUAGAAUAAAAGAAGACCAUUGUGUUGUUAGCGAAGAAUAUUCACAUUAUAAUCAAUGGGAAUUUGAUGAACAAUGGAUUCGGUAUGAAACAUUAUAUUUUUGGAAUAUUACAAAUCAACAAAAUGUUUUAAUGAGUGGUGCUGUUCCUCAUCUGGAAAAAUGUGGUCCUUACAUCUAUAAAAAGACGGCAAGAAAAGUGAAUGUUGUUUUCAGGGACGGAUAUGUUUCUUUCAAAUACUUAAUAUCAUUUAACUUUGAUGAAGAUAAAACGCAGCAGGAAUGUGGCGUAAACUGUAAAAGUGGUGACGAGAUAAUAAUGCUCGACACAGAUAAAAUAGAAGAAAUUGGAACGUUUAAAAGCUCUGAGGAUUAUCUCUUAGGAAACAUUCCGGAAUGGAUCAAUUCGAAAAUAGCAGAACUAAGUGUACUUCAAACAAAUAUUUCUGAGAAUGUGUUUUCUUUGCUAGGAUUGUUAAACAACACUGCAAAUACAGAAAAUAUUGUGGAUCAUUUAGUUCAAAACAUUUCCUUUGGUCGCUGGAUAGGUAUAAAUAAUAAUGAACAGAAAAUUGUGAUUAAUAACAUCAGAAACUUUACUGAUUUUUCUGGGACUGAAAUGUCACGCUUGUAUAACGCUCUCUCCUCAGCGGAAGUGAUGGGUUUACCUUUGAAACAAGAAACAACUGAAACUUGCAGAACUUUUAUCAACACACAUACUUGUUCGCGACAUCUCAUAAUUUACAACAGUUCCACACCGGGGCUUCUGUAUCCAUCUAUUGAGGAUAAUGAUUUAAAAUAUUCUAAUUUUAGAAACAUUUGUGGACUACUUCUCUUCAUACAAAGCAUUAAUGAAUCUAAUAUUAACUGUUUUCUAAGUGUAACAGAAUGGGUAAGCGAGUUGUUUUGUUUUGCGAAUGAUACAUAUUGUAAGUCACUUAUGUUGGAUAAUGUUUAUAUCUCAAACUUUCUACUGACUCUAAAAGAUUUCGUUUUUUCUUCUUUGUUUGAUAAUGUCAACAACUGGAGUGCCACAGAGCAUCGAAACAACCUGUUUAAAUUUUCAAGUAUAAAACAGUUGGUGAUUGGGUACGACUCUUCUUCCGGUUAUGUUUAUGGUGAACUGACCAAAAAUAUGACUCGAGAAGUUAGCCAGAGUUUUGGUUUGUCUGUCAAGUUGUCAACAUGCAUACUAGACAGACACUCGGGCAAUAAUAUGAUGCUAUACAAUUAUCAGGAUUCCGAUAUUUCCACAGCGAGUCAACACAGCAUAUAUACCACGUAUUUCAUUCAACCAUUGGAAGAUUUGAAGACAUGUAGAAGUCAAAGGCCUGCAGUAAACUCUUUCCUUCAUUUUAGCGAAGAGUUUGCUUGCGCAGUAUAUUUUAAACAAAAAGGGAUAACGGAAUAUUCAGGAAUUGAUUUAUUCAAAUAUAUAUCAGAUGUAUCAAGAUGUCCAUCAAACACAAAUGUUCCGUGUUGUACUUUUAUUGAGUCAUUUAUUGACAUAGAACCUCUUUCGGGGAAAAUUUGGAGAAAGACUCUGUGCAAGCAACAGAAAAUCUCUUUUUUUAAGUAUGGAGAUGUUACUGAUAAUGUAUAUCGACUGAAUAUUUCAACAUAUUCAUUUUCAACGUUUUUAAGGGAAUCAAGAAUAGAAAUUUCAAGUUCUGAUGUUGGAAAAUUUAAAACACGCAUCGAACAAAUGCUUGACGCCUCAUGUGUUGGUAUGAUAAGUUUAACUGUGAUAGCUUCGGGUGUUUUUAUUCUUGCUGUAUGUAUAUUGUGUUGGCCUCAAGCAAAGACAAAGGUCCAUCCGUUCAUUUUAGAACAAAGUCAUAAUUUAGCUCAUUCAAGAUUAUAGAGAUGUUUAACAUGAACUAACAGUAUUAUGAUAUAUGUCUUUCAAUUUACUGAAAUAGAUGAUUUGGAAG